CUGUACGGCAUAGUAGGUUGUAUACAAGUAUGUUUUAAGAUAAAAUAUUUAACGCAAAACGUUGCCUCAAGUCUGACCUUGGAUCUAUUGUUUGCAGAUAUCGCUAUAACAACAGGGGACCAAUUGGAGUUUUACACUAAUCAAACUAAAACUAACAAUGAAGGCAUUAGAUUCAGAGAUCUAACGGCAUUGGCAUAUGACGCCGUACACAAUAUGCUGUUGUUUGUCGACAAACAGAAUGACAACGCUUCGAUAUUUAGUUACAAUCUAAUCACGAAGAAAUAUCUGCCGUUAGUCGGUAGAAGAUCUUAUGAGAACAUACAAGGCCUAACAUUCGACCCCGUCAGCGGAAAAAUGUUCUGGACCGACACCAACGAGAGAAGUAUUUACUGGGUUUCUCUAUGGCCGAGGUCAAAGGACAGCAUCUAUGGGAAUCUUUUAUUGAAGAUGAACGAUGAAAUCCCAAGGGACAUUGCUGUUGAUAGUUGUAGAGGGUAUAUUUAUUGGACGAACACCAAUAUUACUAAAGCAACAAUAGAAAGAGCGCGCUUGGAUGGCAGUGAGAGACGUGUUGUUGUUUCAACUGAUAUACAUAUGCCAGUGAGCAUUGCAGUCGAUCAACGGACCAAGAGACUGUACUGGGCUGAUGACAAAGAAGGAAUACAUUACUCCAUAGAAUCAUCUGAUUUAGAUGGCAAGGAUAGAAGUACGAUAUACGCCGGAACUUACCACCAGCCGAAUACGCUAACUGUCUCAAAGGACCAUGUUUACUGGGUGGAUUGGGGAUAUAAAUCAGUAUGGAAGAUAUCCAAAAAUGCAACUAAUACGGAACCCGAGGAACUUAUAAAGUUCUCAACUGAAGUCCCUUUCGGGAUUGUAGCUAAUUAUCAAGUAGCUGAUCAAACAGAAGGAGUAUCGGGAUGCGAAGUUUUGGUUAACUUGCAGAAAAAUCACAGCGCUGUGAACGAUUCCAUUAACAUUCCUAGAGACGCCGGUCUGUUUUGUCUUCAUGGAGUCAAGACGGGGAUAUUCGAUUGUAAAUGUUCCCCGGGAUACAUUGGGGAUAGGUGUGAGAUAUCUGUUUGUCAGAACUUCUGUUUGAACGGCGAUUGUACCAGUAACAGUGAAGGAAAACCUCAAUGCAAGUGUCAAGAUGGUUUCACCGGACAAAGGUGUGAACUAAAUGUAUGCUAUGGAUAUUGUUUGAACGACGGCGAGUGCUCGCUAAUACAAAACAAGCCAAGCUGUAAAUGUGCUAAUAGCUUCGAGGGCGUUCGCUGUGAAACUCUCAAACCUGAGCCAAUUAAAACAACGGACACACCCUUUGUAGAACCCUGCAACUGUACCCAAGUGAACUCUUCAUCAUUAUUGAUGUUAGGCUGUGUGUCUGGGUGGGACGCUGUUCGUGAUCCAGUGUUGUUAGCGCUUGGAGUAUUAGCUGGCUUGCUGGCACUCACCAGCGCUGUACUAGCUGCUAAUGUACUGUACCUGAGACGGAGGCCCAGAAUAAAGAAGCGUAUAAUAGUUAACAAGAGCGGGACUCCGCUGACGGCUCGACCAGACGCUUGCGAGAUAACCAUCGAGGAUUGCUGCAAUAUGAACAUUUGUGAAACGCCAUGUUUCGAGCCUCGUAACUCCAUUCGGCCGACGCUAGUCGACGCUAAGCCCGGCAAGGAAGAAAAAAGGAAUUUGAUAGCGAACAUGGAACAAGAAGAUAUAUAUUGA